AUGACUGGCAUAACUCCUUCUAAUCCGCCGCAGUCACCGGUACACAAUGCGGCAGAAGCCGCCACUAAUACGGCCCCAGUUGAAGUGGACACGCGUCCCGUUAACGACAGUGACUCAACCUUAAGUAGUGAAAUAUCAACCUACACUGCGUCUUUGACCUCGAGCGUCCUGAAUUAUCCCACUGAAUUCGGUCGACAAUACCAUGCCUACAAUGCGGACUCCUAUAAUUUUCCCAACGACGAAGCAGAACGAGAACGACUCGAUCUGACACAUUUGCUUAUAACUAAAGGCAUUGGCAAUCGCCUGUUUCUAGCUCCAGUUGACUUGAAUAGGUCGGCAAGGGUUUUAGAUGUCGGCACAGGGACAGGGGCCAUUUGCGUCGGUGAAGAGUAUCCUAGUGCUGAAAUUAUCGGAAACGAUUUGAGUGCUAUCCAACCCACAUGGGUUCCCCCAAACGUCAAGUUCGAGGUCGAUGACGUCGAGCAACCAUGGGUUCACGAUAAGUUUGACUACAUUUUUUCACGCUACAUGUCGACUUCCAUCUUGGACUGGCCAAAGCUAGUUGAGAACGUUUUUGAACACCUUCAUCCUGGCGGCUGGGCCGAAUUUCAGGACUUUGACCUUCUCUACUAUUCAGAAGACGGCUCAAUCACGGACGAUCAUCACCUCCUGAAAUGGAUCAAACUAUUCAUCGAUACAGCAAGAACGAAGCUAAACCGCGAGCCCUGCCCAGGGCCAAGACUCGAAGGGUGGAUCAGGGAUUCUGGCUUCACCAAUGUUGUCCACCGAAAGUUCCGAUUGCCUCUAGGAUCAUGGCCCAAAGAUCCACAGUUGAAAGAUAUAGGCAUGUGUAAUAUCGCUCAACUCUUGGAAGGCCUAGAGGCUUUCUCUCUGAAGAUAUUCUGUGGGGUUCUGGGCAUGCCCAUGGACGAAGUCCUGGUGAUGUUAGCCCAGGUACGUCAGGAACUGUAUGCUCGCAAGUUCCACGCUCUGUUUGAUUUCCAUGUUGUAUAUGGUCAGAAACCAUAA